GCCAACGCUAGAGCAAAACAAUGGCAGCCUCCUAUGUUAAAGACGUGACAGUUUUAUGCUCAUAUUCACAAUUAUUAAAGCGAAAUAUACAUAGGCAGUUGUGCAUAAAACUUAAAUAUUCGACCGUGGCUGAACUUACUGUGGAAAAUAAUCAAACAACCAUUGAUGAGAAUGUGAAGUCAGAGUCAUUUAAACAUCGCAGCCAUCCAGGUGUUCUCAAGUGCAAGAGAGUUGUAUUACCUGUCAGGCUCCAAGAAAGCAUAUCAGUUUUAUUAGAAAAGUAUCCUGUACAUCAACUGCAUGGUCAAACUCAGUUUCUUGUUAAUUACUUAGCCAGCAGGAAACGUCCAAUAGAAGAUGAUGAGCUACGCAAGCAAGCAAUCAAACUUGAGAAUGAAAUUUCAACAAAUAGAAGUGGUGACAUUCCGGAGAGGCCCAAAGAGUUGAAGAAACGGAAGUCAUUGAUUAUGAAUAAGCUGAGGAGAAGUGUGUAUCAUUGGCAACCAAUUAUAUACAAUGAGAUGGUUGCCGUUGCCUAUCUGCUGGGACGAUUUGCUCCUAAUUAUGCUGCCCUCUACCGAGUGUUCAAUGAGAUAAAAAGGCGAGAACCAGAAUUUAGACCAGAAGCUAUACUUGACUUUGGAUCAGGGUUAGGUACAAGUGUUUGGGCUGCGGAAGCCACCUGGGAAAACCAAGUGAAGGAAUACAUGUGUGUAGACAUCUCUAAAUCAAUGCAUGCUACUGCAGACUCUCUACUACGUGAUGGAGAUGAAAACAAAGAACGAUUCAUAAAGACUGUUUUUCAACGACACUUCACUCCACUCUCACCUGACCGAAAAUACAACAUGACGAUGUCAGCAUUCUCUUUGCUGGACUUGCCAACUAAAUCAGACAGGGUGAACACUAUCAGGAUGCUUUGGAUGAAGACCGAUGACUUUCUGCUGAUAAUAGAGACGGGCUCUCGAGAAGGUUUUGAAACAGUAAACGAAGCCAGGGAUCUGAUUUUAGGAAUCCAGAGGCCUUCUGGAAAAGACAAAAAUGUUGAACUGGAAGAUGGCUAUGUCUUUGCACCUUGUCAACAUGACGUAAGCUGUCCAAGAAAGAGUUCAACCGAUGUCAUCAUUCCAUGCAAUUGUAUGCAAGACUACCAGCCUCUCAAGGAACUCAAGUUGAAAUUAAACACUAUGAAGGAGAGGUUCUCUUAUGUGAUUCUCCGAAAAGGUCAAAGGAAGAACAGAGUCGAUGAUCACUGGCCUAGAGUAAUUGAGCCUGUUCUGCAACGGUCAAGCCACGUCAUCUGCUACCUUUGCUGUCCUAAUGGUCAGCUAGAAAGACCAACAAUUACAGCAGCAAAGCAUGGCAGGGACCUCUACCGUUGUGCACGCCUUUCGAACCAUGGAGACCUUCUUCCUAUAAGCCAUUUGGAAUCAUCAAAUCCUCCUUCAUUGACCAAUGAGAACAACAAAUCAAACUGACCUGUAACACCAGAAGAUACUAGAAUGGCUCUGAUUUGUAACAAAGAAGCCCUUCUUAAGGCUUUUUUAGACUACCCUAGGGGCUGGAUCCAGAUAGAGCCCUGUGAGGUGUGGGGAAAUAGCCCCACCUGCUUUGGUAUUUUUAACAU